AUGUCAAAAUUAAUUUCAACAAAUCUUGAAUGAUUUGAUGAUAAAUCAUUAUUCAGCCUCAAAGUCAAAAAUGAAAAAUCUUGAUUAGAAUCCGCUUUUGAGAUUUAUCGAAUGAUUUAUCAUAGGCAAAAUGCGCAGAAAAGCUCUUUAAAAAAGCAAAAAAUAUUAUUGUUUAUUGAAAAUUUUAUUUGGUUUCUUUAUGUGGCAAGUUUUUUAUGGAUUCCAAAUUUAGCUAUUAGUGAUUGAGAAGAAAAUAAAAAUAUUUGAAAAAUUAUUGGAUAUGCAAGGCUAGAUAACCUAUGCUCAGAGUAUGAGGUUAUAAAUUUGUGUAUUUUAGCAUCCCUUGGUAUUAUAAUGGCAAAUAUUUUUGGAUUUUUUAGCAUUAUAAUAUUUAUUUACCUAUCAAAACGAUUACCAGUAAUUGUUUUUGAUUAUUUUUGAAUAAAUUGUAAAGUUUUAUACAAAUUUUUGUCACUCCCAAUAUUCACUUUACUUUUUAUUUGCUUAAAAUAUAAUUGGUUUAAGAAUGAUGAUAUUUGGGAAUAUUUUAAAAAAAAUGAAAUUUCUUCAUUUGAAGUUGGCAAUUAUACACAAUUUUUUAUAUUUUUGGGAUUGGUCUACUUAUUUUUUUUUAAUAUAGCCAAUUCUAUCUGCUCAUCAAAAAUCUGCCACUCAUUGACCCACAUUAGGCUGGACUCAAAAGCUCAUUCAAAAAUUGACAUUUAUUCAGCAAUACUCAUAUUCUUUGUACCUUUGCUUUUUGAGGCAUUAGGUAGCGAGUAUAUCAUAUUUUUUCAGACAGUUUUAAUGAUUAUUUCUGGAAUUUUAGUAAUGCUAACUAUCAGUGAGUUGCCAUACUUUAGCGUUUUUAUGAAUUCUUUAGCAACAAUUAAAUUUUUAGGAGUUUCAUUAUUGUCCGCAUUAUUCAUUUUUGCGAAGAUCAUUGAUACCUCAAUUGUGAUUUGGCUAUUUAUGUUUACGAUAAUCCCUUGUAUCGCUGGAUUAACUAUCCGAAAAGUAAAAAUUUCGAAUCAAAGAAUUAUUUCUAAAAUUCCAAGAGACCUUCAAAGUAUUAAAAAUGCUUAUUACCUUGAGCAUAAUCUUAGGAGUUAUCUAUGCUCGAAAAAUAUAGAAGAAAAUAAGAAUCCAAUUUUAUAUUUUUUAGGCAGAUGCUUUAAUGACACCAAUCUAUAUUCAAAUAAACUUUUAGCUAUUUGGGAAGUUAAUUAUUGUAUUUUUACCUUAAACGAUUAUGGCUUAGCCAAAAUAAAGCUCUGGAAAGCAAAAUAUUCUAGCCACAGCCUAGAAGGAGAUUUUCAAGAAUAUAUUUGUAUAAAAAAUGUUUCGGAGUUUGAAGGGCAUGAAAGUAUUCAAUUUAUGAAUUAUUUUCAACAAAUUGGCGAAAAUAGAAUGGAAGACGCAAUUUUAUGUGUCAAACUUCUAGAUUUUUGAAAAGAAAUUGUAUCUGUAAAUCCAAAUGCAAAAAAAAUUAAUAAAAUGUUGGAAGUAAUUUCAAGCUCUAUUGCAAAUAUUUUAGAAAAUUAUUCUAAUUUGCACCAAAAAUUCCCAAAAUCUAAAGAAGCUUUAUCUUAUUAUUUAACAUAUAUGAAAGAUAUUAUGUUUGAUUUUGAUAAAUCAAAUUUACUAGCUCCCCAUCCGUGAGCGAACAAAAACAUUUUGUUCAGCACAAAAAUUUCUAUAUAAUAUUUUUAUAGUAAAUAUUUUUUCGUAAUUAAAAAAAUCCUAAUUCGCAAAAUUUAUUUUACUGUUUAAAAUCCAGCAGAAUUAGAAAGAGAUUUCGUUGCAUUAAUUAUUAAUUAUUUUUUUUUUCAUAAACAAUUUUCUAUAAAAAAAUUUUUUUUCUCACAGAGGGGGAGUAAGUAGCAAGCUCCAAUCUAUUGAUAAAUUAUCUAUCAAGCAAAAUGCUGAUAGUAAAGACUUAAGCUUUUUUGAUGAAAAUAAUGGAUUAAUGCUCAUAUCUUUCGAAAAUAAAAAUUUUGGAAAAAUUGCUUAUGCAAAUCAAAAAGCAUCAGAAAUACUGAAGUACCCCAUAAUUGAAAUCACAGGACAUAAUUUUUCAUUUUUCAUACCCCCUCCUUAUGAUUCUUAUUUUAACUGUAAAUUGUUUCAUCUUCUUCAAUUUGCAACAGAAGUAGAAAUAAAAACUCCUAAUCAUUUUUUCUUGUCAUUGCCUAGUAAAUUUAUUAUUGAUUGUAUUGGAAAAGCGUCAUUGAUAUCUCUUUCGAAUCAGAUUUAUAUAUUAUUUAUUUUUCAAGAAAUAAAACAUUCUUCUGGAUUUGCAAUGAUUUCUCCGGAUAAAGAAAUUUCUUGGCAUAGUGAAAACUUUUCAAAAUUUAUAGGGAAAAUGGCUCAAAAUUUUGAAGGACUAAGUUUUAAUCAUUUAUUUCCCAGCUUGCAAAAUGUUGAAUUACAGGAUUUUAAACCAUAUAAGCUUACUGAAACUGAAAUAAAUUUAACUCCUUGUUAUUUUGAGUUUUAUGGCUUAAAGAUUAAUUACAUUUUAAUAGCAGAUGAUUCUUCAGAAACAAAUGUUAGUAAAUCGAAUGAAAAUAUCCAAAAUAGUCAGAGCAAUCUCGAGGAUCCUUCCAAAUAUCAAUUAAGCUGUGAUGUGACAAAUCAAGGCCAGAAAGGUAAGUUCGUAAAAUAUUUUAAUACUGAGUCGCAGCAAAGAUUUUCUCUAAACUCUGAAAGCUCAUCACAUUUAGGAAAUUUAAAAAAAAUUGUGAAUUUAUCAUCGCAUUCAAUAAAAAUUUUCCAUAUUGUUUUUAUAGAAAUUUGCCUUGUAUUUUCGAUUUUUCCUCUGCAUAAACUAGCUAAGUCAUUGGAAAAUCUUACCCUUUAUAAUUUUAUAUAAAUAAUAAUUAUCAUAACCGAAUUUCUAGGUUAUUAAUUAUAUUCAAUUUAAAAUAGAUUAAAAAAAAUUAUAAUAUAAAAUUAGUAUAAAAAAGAAUUUGAGUCAUGAAACUGCACUCUCUCACACAAAAGGGAGAAAGUGGAGAAUUUAAUGAAAUUAACCAUAUAUUAUCCGUAAAAAUAACAUAG